AUGGUCAAGAAAGCAUUGAAUCCAUUGCGUAUUGAUUAUAAGAAAUGCAUUGUGGAAGAACGCCUUUUACAGAUAAGGAAUAAAGAUAAUCUACAUGAACCUGAUCUAUCUCGCGUAUGGACUAUUGAGAUAAACGCUCGAGAUUCUAAGGCAAUUGUGGAUUGCAUUCGCCGCAAUUUUCAGCCAAAUGAUCCUAUAACAUAUACUCAUGUCAAAAGAAUAAGGAAGAAACUUGAUGAGCCAAAAAAAUUGAUCGUAAUUGUGUGUUCCUGUGAAUUGUUCAAAGAUGGUUCUGAAGUCACAUCGCUCUUGAAGGACUCCGGGGUCGAUUUUAAUCAACUGAACGACUGUACUGUAAUACCACGUCAAGGAGCUCCAACAAAAGAACUAAUGAUGCAAUGGUCGGAGAAAUUUUGGCCACUAACGUGGUGCGGAAAUCCGAAUGACCAAAUCCUGAAUGAUUACAUCUUUGACAUGAGCUUCAUCAGAAAAAUGCUCGAAAAAAUCACACAAUUGUCGAGGGAAGCAGCAGAGAAGGACAAUGAAUAUCCAAUCGUUACUGCUUUUGUCGAUCCACGAAAUAGAGAAGCGCCAAUCUAUGCAAUCGACUCGCGAACCAAAAAGGGAUCCACUCCCAUUGAUCAUAGCAUCAUGUGUGGAAUAAGACAAGUCGCAGAGAGAGAGAGAAAAUUGGGUGACACACUUGGAGGGGGAGGUUAUCUAUGUCUUGAUUUUGAUGUUUAUACGACCCAUGAGCCAUGUUCAAUGUGUUCAAUGGCAUUAGUUCAUUCGAGAAUCAAAAGAUGCAUUUUUUUGGAGCCUAUGGAGGUUACUGGGGCUUUAAAACCUAGUAGUGGUGAUGGAUAUUGCAUGCACAACAAUAAACUACUCAACUCAAAAUACGAGGCAUUCCAAUGGAUAGGCGAUGAAUAUCCAACGAUGAAGCUAGAUCCAAAAAUGUGCUGUUAG